UUUUCUUUCCUUUUUUUUUUCUUCCUAUACUUUAUAGCCAUAUGUCGACAGAAAAAGACAACAAGAAACAGCCUCCUGUCAUUCUUUGCAUUGGUAUGGCAGGUUCUGGAAAGACCACUUUUAUGCAGAGAAUCAAUGCACACCUUCAUGAAAAGAAGACACCACCUUAUGUAUUAAAUCUCGAUCCUGCUGUCUCUUCUCUUCCUUUCACAGCCAAUAUUGAUAUUCGAGAUACAGUCAAUUAUAAAGAAGUCAUGAAACAAUAUAAUCUUGGUCCUAAUGGUGGUAUUUUGACCAGUCUCAACUUGUUUACCACCAAAUUCGAUCAAGUACUUAACCUUGUUGCCAAACGUGCUCAAAGUGUCAGUAACAUCCUUGUCGACACACCUGGACAAAUCGAAAUUUUUACAUGGUCAGCAUCUGGUGCUAUUAUCACAGACACGUUGGCUGCUUCUUAUCCUACUAUGAUUGCUUAUAUCAUUGACACACCACGUACUACUUCACCUGCCACUUUCAUGAGCAAUAUGCUUUAUGCCUGUAGUAUUUUGUACAAGACCAAGUUACCCUUUAUCUUGGUCUUCAACAAGACAGAUGUUGUGUCUCAUGAAUUUGCUGUUGAAUGGAUGACAGAUUUCGAGAAAUUUCAAUUGGCUUUAAGUCAAGACACUACUUAUAUGAGCAGUUUGAUGUCUUCGAUGAGUUUAGUGCUGGAUGAAUUUUACAAUCAUCUUAAAGUGGUGGGUGUGUCUGCUGUGACAGGAGCUGGUGUGGAUGAUUUUUUUGCAGCUGUGAAUGAAGCAGCAGAAGAAUACGAGACUGAAUACAAGCCUGAAAUCGAGCGUAUGAUUCGUGAAAAGAUGGCUAAAGAAGAAAAGAAUCGUGAACAACAAUUAGAAAAAUUGAUGAAAGACAUGAAAGUCUCAAAGGGUUCUGAAGUCUCUUUAGAAAAAGAAGAUACAUGGGAAGAGGAAGAGGAAGAAGAAGACUACGAUAGUGAUGAAAAUCCUUUGCCCAGUGCAUCUAAAUAUCCUCCUUCUAAAGCACAAAGAGAAGAGGAUGCCAAGUUUAAGUCUUGGUUAGACAAAGCAAAAGAAAGUAGCAUGUAAUAAAUAAAUAAAUAAAAAAGACCUUCAUUUUCUUUCUUUCUUUCUUUUUUU